AUGGCCGGCUUGAACCAAUCCAUGCCGACACCACAAGACCCUCGCAUUUGUAAUGCCACCAAUUACCCCAAUUACUGGUUCAACAACCCCUUCGGCCCAAAUGCAAAUUGCAACCUCGAAAUUUGCUGUCCAGAGUUCAGCGUCUAUGCUUACAUUCCCGGGCUGGCGUCGAAUGCCGCCUUCCUGGGCGUGUUCGCGGUGGCCAUGCUCGUCCAUGUCCUCGUCGGUCUGAUAUGGAACCAGUGGUGGUUCAUGUGCUGCAUGGUCGCUGGCUGUGUUGAUGAGAUCCUGGGCUACGCGGGACGUGUGUGGAUGAACCAGGAUCUCUGGAACUUCAACGCCUUUAUGAUCCAAGUUGGUGAAAUCUUGAGCUUCGGCCCCUCCUUCUCACGAUUCAACCCUGCCCUGUUCUACUGGAUAUUCAUUCCAUGUGAUAUUAUAUCCCUGGCGCUGCAGGCGGCCGGCGGCGCCCUAUCGUCCGUUUCCUCGGGCAAAAAUAGCAAGGGCGUCGACCUCGCCCUCGCAGGGCUCGCACUACAGGUGAUCACGCUCGUGAUAUUUUGUGCCCUGUACGGUGACUACCUGUGGCGGUACUUCAAGUCCGAGGAGUUCAAGGCCCGCGCCAGCACGCAGAAGUCGUUUGGGCUGCGCCUGAAGCUGUUCUACGCCUCUGAGGCGCUGGCCGUCGUCGCGAUACUGCUGCGGUGUGCUUUCAGGGUGCAUGAGCUCAGGGAAGGGUACCAGCAGGAGAACAAGAUGCUCCAUCGCGAGGAAAUGUUCAUCGGUCUUGAGGGAGUCCCCAUCGUCCUCGCCGCAUUCUUCUUGGCUGUUGGCCACCCCGGCCUGAUCUUCGGCGAUGGCACUGGGCGCAGGUCACCACUGGCUUCAUCGUCUAAGGAGCUUGAUGUUGAGCAAAACAAGGACGAGACAACCGAUGGGCCGGCUGAAGAGCCAACUGAUGAGCAAGCUGAUGAGCAAGUUAAUGAGCCGUCUGAUCAGCAGUCUGAGAAGGCACCCAAGGAGAAGGCUGUGAAGGUCUUUGCGCAUUGUGCUGGUGAGAAAUUGGAUAUGUUCGGUGUCCACAUGGAGUUUGAGGACAAGUGCACAAUCAGAGAUAACUAA